CGAGCUCAAGCACAUGAGUGCAGACUCACUUUAAAGGGAGUGGCACGGAGACUUUCCUAGUGAUUUUUGCCUUUCUUGCUUCGGAACGUCGUCGGGAAACUAUUCAGCUCUUGUUAUAGUAAUGGCGGAGGCCCACCAGGCAGUGGCAUUCCAGUUCACCAUAACUCCAGAGGGCAUUGACCUUCAGCUGUCCUAUCAGGCCCUGAAUCAGAUCUACUUGUCCGGAGUGCGGUCCUGGAAGAAACGAGUCAGCCGCAUAAAGAACAGGGUGAUUAAGGGAGUGUACCCUGCCAGCCCAUCAUCCUGGCUGUUUGUCGUUAUAGCAAUUCUGGCCAUAAUGUACAUGCGCUCAGAUCCAAGUAUGGGCCUCAUUGCCAAGAUACAGCAACACCUGCCACUAAGUCUCCAUGUGUCACUUAGUUCCCAGGGUCAGACCAUGUUGUCGGCUCUGGUCUUCAGCACUCUGCUGUGGCUCUCCCUCAUCCUUGCGCUCAGGUUCUGUCUCAAGUUGCUGCUCUCGUAUCACCACUGGAUGUUUGAGCAACAUGGGCGAAUUUCCACCACCACAAAAGUCUGGGUGUCUCUAGUGAGGUUGUUAUCAAGCAGGAAACCUCUACUGUACAGCUACCAAACCUCUUUACCUCACCUGCCUGUUCCCGCUAUUAAAGACACACUGAGCAGGUACCUGGAGUCAGUGAAACCCUUGAUGAGUGUUACAGAGUAUGAAAGGAUGACUCAGCUGGCCAAUCAGUUUGAGUCUAGUCUUGGGAAUCGCCUCCAACGUUACCUGAAACUAAAAGCACUGUGGGCCACCAACUAUGUGAGUGACUGGUGGGAAGAAUACAUCUAUCUCAAGAGCAGAGGUCCCAUUAUGGUCAACAGUAACUACUAUGGCAUGGACUUCCUGUAUGUGACUCCAACACCUGUACAGGCAGCCAGAGCAGGCAACACUAUUACUGCUCUGCUGCUGUACCGCCGCAAAGUCAACCGGGAGGAGCUCAAACCUAGUCGUGUUCCUGGUACUGUCAUUCCUCUGUGUGCCGCUCAGUGUGAAAGGAUGUUCAACACUACACGCAUUCCAGGAGAGGAGACUGAUGUGCUUCAACACUGGCAGGACAGUGAGUUUGUAGCAGUUUACCAUAGGGGGCGCUAUUUCCGCCUGUGGGUGUAUCGGGCAGGCCGAUUGCUGAGUCCCAGAGAGAUCGAGCACCAGAUCCAGAGGAUCUUGGAUGACCCUUCACCACCACAGCCUGGAGAAGACAAAUUGGGGGCUCUUACUGCUGGUGACAGAAUUCCUUGGUCUCGAAUGAGGAAGCAGUACUUCAGCGCAGGCAUCAACAAGAAAUCGCUCGACAUCAUUGACAGGGCGGCCUUUUUUGUCACUUUGUCUGAUGAAGAAGAAGGCAUGAAGGGAGAUGACCCAGCUGGAAAUUUGGAACGCUAUGCCAAAUCCCUGCUCCAUGGGAAAUGCUUUGACAGGUGGUUUGAUAAAUCAUUUUCUAUCAUCGUCUACAAGAAUGGGAAGAAUGGACUCAAUGCCGAGCACUCCUGGGCUGAUGCACCAACAAUAGCUCAUCUUUGGGAAUUCACCCUAGCCACAGAUGCCUUCCAGCUGGGCUACACUGAAGACGGGCACUGCAAGGGCGAAGUUGACCGCUCGCUACCUUACCCACAGCGGCUUGUCUGGGACAUCCCGACAGAGGUUCGGAAUCAAGCAUGCAGUUCUCUGGCUGUUGCACAAGUGCUGUCUGAUGAUGUGGACUGCCAUGUGUUUCCUUUUGUGGCUUUUGGAAAAGGUCGGAUCAAGAAACUGCGCAUCAGCCCUGAUGCAUUCAUACAGAUCAGUUUACAGCUGGCAUAUUAUAGGGAUCGUGGUGGUUUCUGUCUGACAUACGAGGCAUCUAUGACCCGUCUGUUCAGAGAGGGUCGGACAGAAACAGUGCGAUCCUGCUCCAGUGAGAGCUGUGCUUUUGUCAAAGCCCUGCAAGGUGGAGAGGCAGAGGAACAUUGCAGGCGACUCUUGCGGGUAGCUGCAGAGAGGCACCAAAACCUUUAUCGUAUGGCUAUGACAGGAGCUGGAAUAGACAGACACCUCUUCUGCCUGUAUGUGGUCUCCAAAUACUUGGGCGUGGACUCACCUUUCCUCAAAGAGGUUUUAUCUGAGCCCUGGCGUCUCUCUACUAGUCAGACUCCAGUUCAGCAGAUGGAGCUGUUCGACCUGAAAAAUCACCCAGAGUACAUAUCGCUGGGUGGUGGAUUUGGUCCUGUCGCUGAUGAUGGUUAUGGAGUUUCUUACAUCAUUGUGGGUGAGGAUAUGAUCAACUUCCACAUUUCAUCCAAAUACUCCUGUGAUAAGACUGACUCCCAUAGGUUUGGAACUCAGAUAAGCAAAUCUCUCCAAGACAUCAUGGCUCUCUUCUCUCCUGAAACCAAAGCACCCACAUCUUUGUUGUCUUCAUCUAGCAAAGGUGAAGGUCAGCCUCAGGAUAAGAAGUUCCUUUGAAGACAAAUUCAGGAGUCUUUCCUCAGGAAAAAAGUAUUCUGACAGGUUAUGACAGAUUAUGAAUAAGUCAAAUAUUUGUCAAAUGGAUCAUUACUGACAAAAUCUGAUUUAAUUUAAUUUAAUAUUUUAACCUUUAAAGGGGAACCCCGGUACUUUUCAACCUGGGCUCUGCUUUUAGAUGUUUUUGUGUUCAUCCUUUCAAUAAGGUAACUGCUAUUUUCAUCGCUGCAGUGGUGGUUUAGAAUGCAAACACCACUAAAGAGCUAUAUAGAGUAAUUGUGCAAGGCAAGCUAGAAACAUGUAGCGAACUGCUUACUUACUGAGCAGGAGCAAAUAAGAUUGGAAGUGCCUGGUAGCAUGGAGACAAUCCUGUGGAGGCAAAUGUGUUCAUAUUUACCUCACUAAAUGUGAAGACACUUUUUUAAAAGUGACAGGUCAUGUGGUCAGCCACUUCUCUUUAGCCACUUUGACAGUUACACAGAUUUGAUCCCAGCACUAGCACACCAUUCAUCGUGCUAAUGCGUGUCAUUAGAUGGUAUGCUUGAAAAGCCACCUUCACAGUUGCACAAAUUUGAUCCCCGCAUUGACACUUAAUCUUGCAUGCCAAUGAUUGAACUCGUCAUAAACUGUGCAAGGCCACUGCAUGCAUUGACACACAGUGACAGUGUUUGUGAAUAGGUUGCACAAUGUUCACGCAAGUGGCACGACAUUUACGCGUGGCAGAAAUCUUGAACAUCUCAAAAUUAUCUUUGCAUGCUAGCCCGCAGCCUAGCACAGUUUACGACGAGUUACAAUGCAAGAUUGCGUGCCAGUGUGGGGAUCAAAUUUGUGCAAGUGACAAGGUGGCUUUAGCCUCCUGCCCAUCUGGCAGCACGGUUUUCCACAGAGUUUUAAAAUGUCGAUGACAGAUGAAGGGCUCGCUCUGAGUGUUUUCGCUUGCCUAGUACAAUCAUAUUACCCUAUGUAGCCGUUUAGCCAGUGAUAGUCUUCACAUUUUAAAUCAGCACUGCCCUGAUUGAUUAAAAAGAUAAUAGUAAUUUGUCCGGAGUGAAUAGUUAAACUCAAACAUCUAAAAAUACAGCCUAAGUUUAAAAAAAGAAAAGUCUGCUUUCUCCGUUACGGAGGAAAUGAAUUUUUGAAAAAUGAAAAAUGAAAAAUUUCCCUUACACACAGGAUGUUUAACAGUAAAUCCCCUUCAGUUAAUCCGUAACUGUUGUUUCUGUUGGACAUUAAUAAAAGCAGAUUUUGAGAACUUAGGGUUGUGCUAACAAUGGAACAGAGUUGAAAGAAUACGAGGGUGCCAUGCAGUAUACAUGUCACUGAAUUUAAAAGCAGGAAACAUUAAUUACAGAGCUUUGGGAGCAUGAACUAUUUGGCAAGUUGCCACAUCCACCACCUCAUACAGCACCUUUAGGUUUUAAUGGAAUAACAGCAAACUGUUUCAAGCUGUAUGGAACAGGGUCAUCCCCAAACACCAGACAAGGCCCGAGUUGAGCCAUGUGCGGAAUUAUGGACGUAUGAUCCUUGAAGCCUUUUAAGAAGUAGCUAAUAUUGCAAAAUUUAUACGGGUGAAUUUGACUUGGACGAUGCAGUACAAUAGAACAGUUAAAUUUCUCUACAGUCCAUUUUGUUUAUG